AUGAGUAGUGGUUCGCCUACCGCCUAUCUUGUAUGGUCUAUACUAGCAUGCUUGUUCUUUUGUUUCCUCAUAUUUCAUCUCUGGAAAUAUGAUAGAUUCCAAUGUCUCAAGUGGGGCGAGGCUGGGAGACAGCCUGGCGCAUUCAAACGGUUUAUGUCGUACACCUACAUAGCAACAUUGACUCUCCUAGUUAUCUUCAGCGUAGCAUACACGUUCAUAAAGUUCAAAGAAGGUCGCUUUCUCAUCACCCCAGAGGGAUUAGUAAUCUAUCCAAAACCUAUCGAGUUAUAUACAACUAGUCACAAAAAGUGGAUAUUGCCUCUUCUGUUUCUGUUCAGCGCAGCAUGGGCUUGUGAGCUCGUCACACACUGGGAAGAAUUGACAUUCUGGCUCUUCAUCCUCCAUCAAGGCCCUAAGACACGGCUUUGGUUUGAAAGCUGGGAGUUCCGAGUUUGGCUACUUGGCACAGUUGUAGCGGGGCUAGGGAUGCCCUUGACUACUCUUAUUUCCCGUCGACAGCUUGAUACGUGCCAGGCUUGGAUUUUUCUGGUCGGGUCGUCCGCAUCGACGAUAACUACCCUUUUAUUCCUGUAUGUUCUUGCAAGGUUUCCAGGGUUCAUUCGUCGAGUGAAAGCGGAUGGAGGGGAGCCAAACAUUGUCUUACGCCUCGUAAUGUUUUAUCAGUUGAACUUUGCACGAGUUCUGUUUAGGUUCUUGUUUACUAUUCCGCUGUUCAUUUUGGCACUGGAUGGUGUACAAGGAAAUGUUGUACUCAAUCCGCUAUCAGAUUUUUUGAUUAUGCUGGGCGGAAUCGGCUGCUUUGUCUCUUCGUUCAUAACCCUUUUGAUAUUCUUUCCCCGAUCGCUCACUCAAGAGCUUGGUUAUACGACUGCCCUCAUACCGUCAUCCUUAGUCGACAAACCACAGAUAACGGCUUCAAUUGACAUCAAUUGUGGCGCAGACAACCAGCACAUCUCUUCGCCCAUGCAUACUCCCAAGGCCUUUGUACACGCCCCUUCUACACACUCGUCUCACCCUUCUCACAGCGAGGACACGACGCCCGAAUACGAAUUCGAAGACCCUGCGAACGACACCCGUUACCAUUCUCAUUCCCAUGACGGACAUAUGCGAAUAAGACAGACAUGGGAGCAAACGCAGGAUAUAGAGGCGCCGUCUGCAGACGGACAGUACAUGUUCGACAGACACUCCAGGUGCCUGGUGAGGCCACACUCCGAUGGUGUCGCGAUUGGUUUGCACCCUUAUGUACGUGAAUGUUCUUUUUUUUCAAUUGAAGUUUCUUAUGCUGUCAUAGGUUCGAACAUUCCGAUCUCCGAUUGGUGGGCUAUACCCUGAUUGUCAUUCAUCGUGCCUUACUCAUCUCUCACACUAGAUAUUUGUGACCUCGAAGAUGAUGGCCACUCACCAGCGCGAUAAAGGGCAAAAACCUCAAAUCCAAAACUUAUGAUGAGUCAUCCCAUGCUCUGGGCUCGGCGUCCUAUGAAUUUACGGUAUAUGCCGUUGCUUAUUUUUGUUCAGAUCAAACCGUUGACCAUCUUCCACAGCUUUCAUCUAUUGCCACUUCCCACAUCCACUGCCACUUACCAUAUGCCAUCUAACGACUUAAUGAUACCUUACUUACCACU